UUUUCAAAUACAACAAAAAUGGCUGACGCGAGUCUCUAAUGUCAGAGACUCAUUACAAUUUAACGAAAAUUUUAUGCGAAAUAUUUUAUUUUCUAUUAUCAAAAUGCUACCAUUUAAUUAAACUUAAUGAUAUUACCAUAAAUAUAUUACCUUAAACGUUAACUAACUUUGAAAAGUAAAGAGCCGUGUACGCGUCAUUGGGUUUGGUUAGGAAGUGUAGUGAAUUUGAUGAGUUUGUAAUUGGCUGUUUGGUUUGUGAGUGAUGUCGUUUCCACCUCGACCACCCAUGGUACCCUAUGGAAUUGCUCCUGGGGUCGUUACUAUGCAGAUGCCAACACACGUGAUGGUGGGAGCUUACGGCGCGGGAGGCGUGAGCAGCGGCGGCCGAGGAGCGCUGCUGCCCGCGCCCGCCGGUAACGCAGGUAAAGCUGUUCCGCGCCCCGCCCGCCCACAGAAUGGCGCCAAGGAUGACGGGCCCGCCGUUACGGUGUUCAUCGGCAACAUCUCGUCGCGCGCGCCCGACGCCAUGAUCCGCGCGCUGCUGGGCGCGUGCGGCGCCGUGGCCAGCUGGAAGCGCGUCAGCACGUUCGGCUUCUGCGAGUUCUGCGGGCCCGAGGCGGCGCUGCGCUGCGUGCGCCUGCUGCACGAGCGCGCGCUGGCCGACAAGAGCCUGCUGGCGCGCGUCGACGGCAAGAUGCAGGCGCUCGUCGACACCUACAAGACGGAGCAGCGCACGCGCAUCGCGGAGGGCGGGGGCGGCGGGGGCGGGGGCGGGGGCGGGGCGGAGGGCGAGUCGUACCUGGACGCCAAGCAGCGCGGGCUGGACGAGGCGGCCGAGCGCAAGAUCGCGCAGAUCUACCGCGACUACCAGGAGGAGAUCAACAACUACGAGACGCUGCAGAAGGAGGAGGCGAUCUCGAAGACGGCGCGCGUGCUGGAGGAGGCGGACAUCUCGGAGGAGAAGCGUGACGUCAUCCACCGCGAGAUCGGCAAGUUCCGUGAGAGCAUGAAGGUGAGUGCGUCCCGCUCGCACGCGCACGCGCGCGCCUCGGGCCUCUCGCUCGCACGCCCCGCGGCACACACGGGCCACCGACGCUUCUCUACCCGUUCAUUGAAACUGUCGCUUUCAAUAUGCCACCAAUGGUUUAAUUUGAAAAUGCACGUUGCGUGUGCGCGUGGGGCGCGUGGGGCGCGGGGCGCGAGGCGGGGCGCGGGGUGGGGCGGGGCGCGGCGCGGGGCGGGGCGGGGCGGGGCGGGCGAGGCGGGGCGCGCGGGGAGCGGCGGCGCCGGCGGACACACGGUAGCGGUAGGCUGUAGGAGCGCUAAUGUUCGGACUGACGACAGCAGUGGUUCGUUUGCUUGUAGCGGCGAGGGGCCGAGCGCCGCGCGCCGCGUCGCCGCGCCGCCGCACGAGGAGGCGGACGUGGUGGUGCGCCGCAAGAGGGACAAGGACGACAAGCCGGAGCGGGAGAAGGACGACAAGGAGCGGGACCGGGAGCGCGAGCGGGAGCGCGGCCGCGACCGCGACCGCGACCGCGACAAGGAGCGCGACAAGGACCGGGAGCGCGACCGCGACCGCGACCGCGACCGCGAGCGGGACCGCGACCGCGAGCGGGACCGCGACCGCGACAAGGACCGCCGCCGCCGGAGCGUGUCCAGGACAAAAGAACGGGAACGAGAAAGAGAAGAACGGGAAAGGGAACGAGAGAGGGAGAGAGAACGAGAGAGAGAACGCGAGAGGGAGAAGGAGCGAGAACGGGAAAGAGAAAGCGAGCGCGAGCGGGAGCGGGAGCGCGAGCGGGAGCGCGAGCGGGAGCGGUCGCGGGACAGGGAGCGGUCGCGGUCGCGCGGGCGCGGCUCGGCGGACGCGCGCCGCGACAAGGAGCUGGAGGAGGAGGCGCGCGACAAUAAGCGCCGAGAGAAGCGCGCGCGCGAGAAGGAGGCCGCCUACCAGGAGCGGUUACGUAACUGGGAGAGCCGCGAGCGCCGCAAGUGCAAGGAGUACGAGCGGGAGAAGGAGAGGGAGCGAUGUCGCGAGGAGGAGAGGGAGCGGGAGGCGAAGCGUCUCAAACAGUUCCUAGAGGACUACGACGACGAGCGCGACGAUCACAAGUACUACAAGGGCAAGGAGCUGCAGCGGCGGCUGGGCGCGCGCGUGCGCGAGGCGGAGAGCGACGCGCGCGAGCGGGCGCGCGAGCAGGCCGAGCUGGACGCGCUGCGCGACGACAUCUUCGGGCAGCGCGCGCGGGACGACCCCGCCGCGCUCGCCGCCUUCGAGCGCGCGCGCCGCGAGCGCGAGGAGCAGUACCGCCCGCGCCCGCUGCUCGACGUCACGCUGCACCGCGACCUGCAGCGCGAGCGCGAGGCGCAGCGCGCCGUGCAGCGCGAGCAGGCGCGCCGCGAGGCCCGCGAGCGCGUGGCCCGCGAGCGCGAGCGCUACCUGCGCGCGCAGGCGUCGCGCGAGCUGCCCACUGAGGCCGAACCCAUCGACUCCGAUUCCGAUGUUUCCAGCGGCGCGGUGUGCUCGGGCGGGUCGGCGGGCUCGGCGGGCGGCGGGUCGGGCGCGCCGGCGGGCGGCGGGUCGCGCGCGUCGGGCCGGUCGGGCGGGUCGGACGCGUCGGGCGGGUCGCCCGCGUCGCCGCCGCUCACGCCGCCGCGCGCCGACACGCCGCCGCGCCGGCACAGACACCGCCGGCACCGACACGACACCCAAAAUGGUGGCAGCACACCACCAUCUCCAGAACCUACACAAGCGCACAGGCAUCAUAGUGCGACAAGUGCAGCUAAUGCUGGCGGUGGUGUGGGCGGGGCCGCGGGCGGGGGCGGGGGCGGGGCCGCGGGCGGGGGCGGGGCGGUGGGCGGCGCGUCCGUCGGCAGCUCGCCCAUCUCCAUCAGCUUCAAGAGCAAGUCGCCCGGCCUCACGCCCAACGAAUCCAAUAGCGUGAACGCUCACACGAGCGCCCACGCCCACGGUCACGGUCACGGCCACGGUCACGGGCACGCGCACGGUCACACAAGACGAGUGCACGCCGCAUUCGCUGAUGAUGACGAACCGGAACAUAGGCAUGUAAAAGAAAAGAAAGACAAGGAGAAGCGGAAACGCGAGCUGAGCGAGAGCGAGAAGGGCGAGAAGGGUGAGAAGGGGGAGAGGGGGGAGCGGGGGGAGGGGGAGAGCCGCAGCGCGGAGGAGAAGCGCAAGCAGGUGAAGAGCCUCAUCGACAAGAUCCCCACGCAGAAGGAGGCGCUGUUCCAGUACAAGCUCGACACUGACCAGAUCGACGCGGUGCUGAUGGAGAAGAAGAUCCGGCCGUGGAUCAACAAGAAGAUCAUCGAGUACAUCGGCGAGCCCGAGCCCACGCUCGUGGACUUCAUCUGCAGCAAAGUGCUCGCCGGCUCCGCGCCCAACACCAUCCUCGACGACGUGCAGAUGGUGCUGGACGAAGAGGCGGAGGUGUUCGUGGUGAAGAUGUGGCGCCUGCUCAUAUACGAGCUGGAGGCCAAGCGUGCCGGCCUACACAAGUAGACCGCGCAGAUGUGGCGCCUGCUCAUAUACGAGCUGGAGGCCAAGCGUGCCGGCCUACACAAGUAGACCGCGCAGAUGUGGCGCCUGCUCAUAUACGAGCUGGAGGCCAAGCGUGCCGGCCUACACAAGUAGACCGCGCAGAUGUGGCGCCUGCUCAUAUACGAGCUGGAGGCCAAGCGUGCCGGCCUACACAAGUAGACCGCGCAGAUGUGGCGCCUGCUCAUAUACGAGCUGGAGGCCAAGCGUGCCGGCCUACACAAGUAGACCGCGCAGAUGUGGCGCCUGCUCAUAUACGAGCUGGAGGCCAAGCGUGCCGGCCUACACAAGUAGACCGCGCAGAUGUGGCGCCUGCUCAUAUACGAGCUGGAGGCCAAGCGUGCCGGCCUACACAAGUAGACCGCACACACACACAGUACAUCCUUCCGUCAUUGACCAACAACUAGAUACAACAACAAAAACUAAACUAAACCUGUUCUAGUCGAAUGAUACUAACGUUAAAGAACUUUAAAGAAGCGCCAUAAAGACGAACCAAACAAUAACAGCAAUAAGUUGGACGAUUGACGCUGAAAUUCUAUCAACCUUAUCCCAAUGAAUCAAAGUCGACUUUAUUCCCUCAUUGUUGUGUUGUGAUUGUGUCUAGUUGUUAUUAAUGACCAGAAUUACAGAUAAUUAUAACUUGACGUUAAAAACAAAUACAGCUAACUGCUAUAUGUCUACGAUGUAUGGGUGAAACAGAAAAAUAUGUGUACCAAUGAAAGGACACACCGCUAAUUGGAAGAAUUACAACUUGUUAAGUGCUUUGGAAGUAACCACUUUACUACGUAUCUGAAAAAGAAUUACCAUCAAAUAUAAUAAAAUAGUCAAAAAAGAGAUUAUAGAUACACAAGUGGUUAAAUUCAAAAUAAUGAUGAUAAUGUUCAAUGUCAAAUGUAUAAAAUUGAUGUAAUAUUUUCAUGCUCCAUUCCAUUGUACUUCUCAAGUGAUCCAGUGACGAAAUAUACCUUGCAUGUAAUUAAAUGGUAUUACAUUUAUUGUGUAUAAACACAAUAUGUAUUAUAAUACACAGUAAUUCUUGACAUGCAUUGUUCAAAUACAAUGACAUAUUAUAAUGGAGUAUCUUGUGUAUAAAUAGAAAUAAAAUAUUGUUAUAUUGUUCAGAGGAAUGCUUGAAAAUAACUGGACCGAUUAAGAUAAAAGUGUUUGUAAUAGUCCGAAUAAGAUACAAGACGAUUUAAUCAAAAAUUGUAAGUUUGGGGAAACGGAAAGAGCUUUUUGUACGAGAUAGGCAGAGAUAAGGUCAAUAUUUCGUUUAAGGUAAUUGCCAACACACUAUACAAAAAUAUCCAUUAUUUAUACAUUAUUUUAUCUUUUUUUACCACAUCUGUAUAUGAAUUCACAAACCGACUGGUUUUCUACGAAAUGAUUUUGUUCCGAAUAAAUAAUUCUAAAUACUUGUAAAGAAGAAGUGUUGUGUGUUUUGUACUUGUAAAAUAUGAUAUUGUAACGUUAGUGAGUGCGAGCGAGACGGCAGUACGCCGCCUGUGUGAGUGCGAGUGAGACGGUUGAUUGUAUGUUAGGAAACAGUUGAUAUGCUCUAGUAGUACGUACUAAAUAAAUAUUAUUACAAA